CAACCGGCCCCCAUGGUGCAGCUCCACCAGAAGCAAAACCGGAUCACGCCCAUCCAGAAACCCAGAGGACUCGACCCGGUGGAAAUCCUGCAGGAAAGGGAGUACAGGCUGCAAGCUCGCAUUGCUCACAGAAUCCAAGAGCUGGAAAACCUCCCCGGCUCCCUGGCUGGUGACCUGAGAACCAAAGCUACCAUUGAACUUAAAGCAUUAAGGCUGCUUAAUUUUCAGCGACAGCUGCGUCAGGAAGUCGUGGUGUGCAUGAGGCGAGACACGGCCUUGGAAACGGCCCUGAACGCCAAGGCGUACAAGCGCAGCAAGCGGCAGUCCCUGCGCGAGGCUCGCAUCACCGAAAAGCUGGAGAAGCAGCAGAAGAUCGAGCAAGAGCGGAAACGCAGGCAGAAGCACCAGGAAUACCUCAACAGCAUUCUCCAGCACGCAAAAGAUUUCAAGGAAUACCAUCGCUCCGUCACCGGCAAAAUUCAAAAGCUGACCAAGGCGGUGGCUACUUACCACGCCAACACGGAACGCGAGCAGAAGAAGGAAAACGAGAGGAUCGAGAAGGAGAGAAUGCGUCGUUUGAUGGCUGAAGAUGAGGAGGGCUACCGCAAGCUCAUCGAUCAGAAGAAGGACAAGCGCUUGGCCUACCUGCUGCAGCAGACGGACGAGUACGUAGCCAACCUGACGGAGCUGGUGCGGCAGCACAAGGCCGCGCAGGGGGCCAAGGAGAAGAAGAAGAAAAAGAAAAAGAAGGUGAGCAGAAAAACCAAAAUACUGACCCGCAGCCUGUCUUUGGUUCCUCAGCCGCUGGACGAGACGAGCCAAAUGAGACUCCCCGUCAAAGUGAUCCACGUGGAGAGUGGCAAGAUCCUCACUGGCACCGAUGCCCCGAAGGCAGGACAGCUGGAAGCCUGGCUGGAGAUGAACCCCGGGUAUGAAGUAGCUCCACGAUCUGACAGUGAAGAAAGUGGGUCAGAAGAGGAGGAGGAGGAGGAGGAAGAGGAGCAACCGCAACCUGCUCAGCCUGCCCUGCCUGUGGAGGAGAAGAAAAAGAUCCCCGAUCCAGACAGCGACGACGUCUCAGAAGUGGACGCCAGACACAUUAUCGAGAAUGCUAAGCAAGAUGUUGAUGAUGAAUACGGGGUGUCUCAAGCUCUGGCGAGGGGCCUGCAGUCGUACUAUGCCGUGGCCCACGCCGUCACCGAGAGAGUGGACAAGCAGUCCACGCUGAUGGUCAACGGAGUCCUCAAGCAGUACCAGAUCAAAGGUUUGGAGUGGCUGGUGUCCUUGUACAACAACAACCUGAACGGCAUCCUGGCAGAUGAAAUGGGUCUGGGCAAAACCAUCCAGACCAUCGCUUUAAUCACAUACCUCAUGGAGCACAAACGGAUCAACGGACCCUUCCUCAUUAUCGUACCUCUCUCAACUCUGUCGAAUUGGGCGUAUGAGUUUGACAAAUGGGCUCCUUCUGUGGUGAAGGUCUCGUACAAGGGCUCUCCAGCAGCAAGACGGGCAUUCGUACCUCAGCUCCGAAGUGGGAAAUUCAAUGUCUUGCUCACUACUUACGAAUAUAUCAUCAAAGAUAAGCACAUCCUGGCCAAGAUCCGCUGGAAGUACAUGAUCGUGGACGAGGGCCACCGAAUGAAGAACCACCACUGCAAGCUCACCCAGGUCCUCAACACGCACUACGUGGCUCCGCGUCGUUUGCUGCUGACGGGAACCCCCCUGCAGAACAAGCUCCCGGAGCUGUGGGCCCUGCUCAAUUUCCUCCUGCCCACCAUCUUCAAGAGCUGUAGCACAUUCGAGCAGUGGUUUAACGCUCCUUUUGCCAUGACGGGAGAAAAGGUGGACCUGAACGAAGAAGAAACCAUCCUGAUCAUUCGGCGUUUGCACAAAGUGCUGCGCCCCUUCCUGCUGCGGAGGCUGAAGAAGGCAGUCGAAGCACAGCUGCCUGAAAAGGUGGAGUACGUGAUCAAGUGCGACAUGUCCGCUCUGCAGAGGGUCCUCUACAGGCACAUGCAGGCCAAGGGGGUGCUCCUGACCGACGGCUCCGAGAAGGACAAAAAGGGUAAAGGCGGUACGAAAACCUUAAUGAACACGAUCAUGCAGCUGCGGAAGAUCUGUAACCACCCCUACAUGUUUCAGCACAUAGAGGAAUCCUUUUCCGAGCACUUGGGGUUCACGGGAGGUAUCGUGCAAGGGCUGGAUUUGUACCGUGCCUCAGGCAAAUUUGAGCUCCUGGACAGAAUUCUCCCCAAACUGCGAGCCACCAACCACAAAGUGCUGCUCUUUUGCCAGAUGACCUCCCUCAUGACCAUCAUGGAAGAUUAUUUUGCUUACCGCGGAUUCAAAUACCUCAGGCUGGACG